UGAAUACAGAAUUUAUUGAUAACUCCUUGAAUAUAAUUAGUGCACUUCAAUCAAGAGUGAUAGAAGCAGAGGAGAAUUUCAAAAAUAUUGAACAGCUAAUGUCACAAUGGCGUAAAAUACCCCUAUUUCAAGGAAAAGAACGUAAAUACGAUUGUUAUCUCCCCUUGGAAGAUCGUAUUACUAUAAGAAAUGCUAGAUUUAAAGAAGUUGAUGUGGUUGGUAAGAAAAUACAUGAAUUAAUUAAG